GGCAAAUCGAGAUCGGUGUUUUUUUUGCCAUCGCAAUAAAAUGUCGGACGAAGUGGAAAAAGCUCAGGCCGCGGAUGCUGCUGCCGACGAUACGAUCUUUGGCAAGAUCCUGCGCAAAGAAAUACCCUGCAAAUUCAUCUAUGAAGACGACAAGUGUGUUGCAUUUCACGAUGUAAAUCCUCAGGCACCGGUGCACUUUCUAGUGAUUCCUCGGAAGCCUAUUUCGCAGCUGUCGAAGGCCGCGGAAGAAGAUGAGGCGCUACUUGGCCAUUUGAUGCUAGUCGGCCGGAAAGUAGCUUCCGAGCAGGGACUUGAGGAAGGGUUCCGCGUAGUGAUCAACGAUGGCAAGAACGGAGCGCAAUCGGUUUACCAUCUUCAUCUACAUUUCCUUGGCGGAAGACAGAUGAAGUGGCCCCCUGGCUAAUCAGCCCUGUCCGGGCCAUGUAUACCUUUGAAAUCUUAUCGGAUGCAAAAUAAAGCUUCACUCUGCAAUCGCCAGA